AUGCACAUGGCAUUGACCACAGAGAAAAUUGUCGGAGGACGCCAGGUUGAAGAUAUGAAGAAUUGGAACUGGAUCGGCCAACUUGGGGGCUAUUGUGGAGGGUCCUUGGUCGCUGAUGAUAUGUUUUUGACCGCUGCACAUUGCUGUGCCAGCACCAGAAUCGGACAAACAAUUUAUUUUGGUGUUCUCAAUCCUUGGAAGGAUCAAUCAAAGUCUCAAAAAAGAAAAGUCAAAGAGAUGUUGAACCAUCCGGAUUUUGUGCGAUCCACUCUCACCCACGACAUUUGCAUGAUCCAACUCGAUUCUCCGAUUGAACGAACUCGAACUGUCCGACCAAUUUGCUUGAGCGAGUCUGCACCCGUAAAGAACAUACCGUCAUACGUUGCCGGCUGGGGCUUGACAGAAGAAGGAGGACAGCAAUCGCGGGACCUGAUGGAAGUUUCUGUCCCCAUUGUCACGAAUAAACAAUGUCAGAGUGCAUACAGUCAUCGACCAGUUGAUGACUCCAUGGUUUGCGCCGGCAAAGUUGAGGGAGGAGAAGACGGUUGCCAGGGCGAUUCUGGAGGACCAAUUGUCACUGUCGAUGGAGAAGGAAAUGUAUCCCUCGCCGGAGUUGUCAGCUGGGGAGUUGGAUGUGCUCGCCCGGGCAAAUUUGGUGUCUACUCUCGAGUUGAUACCCAGCUUGAUUUCAUCCACUGGUCCAUUCAAACACUCAGAGGCGACUAUGAUGGAAGUCUCAACUCAUUCGACUUGAGCAAAAAUUCACUCUCCGGCUCACAGAUGCCAAACCCUGGAGGGGAACCAGGUAAAAUUUGA